AUGCAUUUAUUUAGCCACAAUUAUUUAUUUCCUUGGUCCCAACAUAACAACUUGCAGCCUAACGGAUUCAGAAUUAGAAACAUCUUUCUGACCUUGAUUCAAAAUGCGUAUAAAUCAAACGCCGGAGUCAUUGUGGUAUACUGGGGCCAAAACGGGAAUGAGACCACACUCACAUCAACAUGUGCCACAGGAAAUUACGAAAUCGUUAACAUAGCUUUCCUUUCACAAUUUGGCAAUGGCCAAAAGCCGCAAAUCAACUUAGCUGGUCACUGUAACCCAGCAUCAAAUGGUUGCCAAAGCGUGAGUACAGACAUUAGAUAUUGCAAAAGCCGAGGAAUUAAGGUGCUGCUUUCAAUUGGAGGUGGUGCCGGCAGCUACUCCUUGUCAUCAGAUGAUGAUGAUGCUAGGAGUGUCGCAGCUUAUUUAUGGAACAACUUUUUAGGGGGAAAAUCGAAUUCGAGACCACUUGGUGAUGCCGUAUUGGAUGGUAUAGAUUUUGACAUUGAGAUGGGUAAUGGUGCUCACUAUCCUACGCUUGCCAUGGCUUUGUCGGAACACAGUCAAGGAGGAAAGAAAAUAUACUUGGGUGCAGCUCCACAGUGUCCAUUCCCUGACCAAUAUCUCAAUGCAGCACUUACUACGGGACUGUUUGACUAUGUCUGGGUCCAGUUUUACAAUAAUCCUCCUUGUGAGUUUAGCUCUAGCAGUCCAAACAACUUUCAGAACUCUUGGAACAAAUGGACGUCGUCAAUUAAAGCUGGUAAAUUCUUUGUUGGGCUUCCAGCUUCGCCUUCUAGUGGAGAUGCUAGCAAUGGUUAUGUUUCACCCAAUGACCUCAUAUCGCAAGUUAAAAAAUAA